AUGUCUUCUUCUCCUUUCUCUUCUUUCUUCUCCUUUCUCCUCCUUUCUCCUCCUUUCCUCCUCUUUCUCCUCCUUUCCUCUUCUUUCUCCUCCUUUCCCCUCUUCUUUCUCUUCUCCUUUCUUCUCCUUUCUCUUCUCCUUUUCUCUUCUCCCUUUCUUCUCCUUUCUCUUCUCCUUUCUCUUCUCCUUUCUUCUCCUUUCUCUUCUCCUUUCUUCUCCUUUCUCUUCUUCUUUCUUCUCCUUUCUCUUCUUCUUUCUUCUCCUUUCUCUUCUUCUUUCUCCUUUCUCUUCUCCUUUCUUCUCCUUUCUCUCCCUUAUAAAAUGAAAUUCUCUCUCUAUCUCUAUCUCUAUCUAUCUCUAUCUCUCUAUCUAUCUAUCUCUCCCCAUCUAUCUCUAUCCCCAUCUCUAUCAUCCCCAUCCAUCCAUCCCCAUCUCCAUCCAUCUCUAUCUCCAUAUCUAUCCAUCCCCAUCCCCAUCCAUCUCCCCAUCCAUCCCCCAUCUCCAUCCCCAUCUCUCUAUCCAUCCCCAUCCCAUCCAUCCCCAUCUCUCUCCAUCCCCAUCUCUCCCUCUCUAUCUCUCUCCUCAUCUAUCCAUCUCUAUCUCCCCAUCCCCAUCCAUCUCCCCAUAUCUCUAUCUCCCCAUCUCCAUCUAUCUCCAUCUCUCCAUAUCUAUCCCUAUCUAUCUAUCCCCAUCCCCAUCCAUCCCCAUCCCCAUCCAUCCAUCUAUCUCCCCAUCCAUCUAUCCAUAUCUCCAUAUCCCCAUCCAUAUCUCUCCAUCCCCAUCCCCAUCUAUCUAUCUCUAUCCAUCCCCAUCUAUCCAUCCCAUCUCCAUCUAUCUCCCCAUAUCCAUCCCAUCUCCAUCUCCCAUCCCAUCUAUCCAUAUCUCCAUCCCCAUCCCCCAUCCAUCCCCAUAUCCAUCCCCAUCCAUCUAUCUCUCCCCAUCCCCAUAUCCCCAUCCAUCCCCAUCUCCAUCCCCAUCUAUCCCCAAUCUCUAUCCCCAUCCCCAUCCAUAUCUCCCAUCUAUCUCCAUCUCUAUCUAUCUCUAUCUAUCCCCAUCCAUCCCAUCCAUCCCAUCCAUAUCUCCAUCCCCAUCCAUCCAUCCCCAUCUCUAUCUCUAUCCCCUAUCUCUCUCUCUAUCUAUCUAUCUAUCCAUCUAUCUAUCUAUCUAUCUAUCUAUCUCUAUCAUAUCUAUCUAUCUAUCUAUAUCUCUCUCUAUCUAUCUCUUGCCUUUUUCAUUCAUCCAUCCAUAUCUAUCUAUCUAUCUAUAUCUCUCUCUCGUUACUAUUUUCUCUAA